CAACAUGGUCACUUUUUGUGACCAAAAUGCUGACCUUCAUGUACGCUUGCCAAUUACGCAGAAGAACGUACCCACCUUUCCGGAGAAGUGAUUCCGCUAUUGGAUGUAGUGCUCGGUUUCUGCUUGAACUCUUGGAACGGAAUGGUACUUAUUAAGGAAUACCAAGUGGUGUUGCCAUGUUCUGUAGAAGAGUACCAGGUCGGCCAGUUGUUUUCUGUGGCUGAGGCCAGUAAGAACAAUACUGGAGGUGGAGAGGGGAUCGAGGUGCUCCGAAAUGAGCCAUACGAGAAGGAAGGGGAGAAGGGCCAGUACACCCACAAAAUCUACCACAUACACAGUAAGGUCCCCAGUUAUAUCCAGAUGUUUGCCCCAGAAGGUGCCUUGGUUUUCCAUGAGAAGGCUUGGAAUGCAUAUCCCUACUGUCGCACAAGACUACACAGUUGUGACGAAUGAAUACAUGAAGGAGGACUUUUUCAUUAAGAUUGAAACCUGGCACAAACCUGACUUGGGGACUUCUGAUAAUCCACACGGUUUGCCCCCGGAAGAGUGGGAGGACACUGAGGGGGUGCCCAUUGACAUUGCAGAUCGGUCUCAAGUCGAUGACGUUGACUACAAGGAAGAUGAAGAUCCUGCAGUUUUCCACUCUGAGAAAACGGGUCGAGGGCCAUUGGGACCUGGCUGGAAGAAAGAGCUCCAUAACAGUAAUUGCCCCUACAUGACGGCCUAUAAAUUGGUCACUGUUCAUUUCCGCUGGUGGGGUCUGCAGGGGAGAGUGGAAAAAUUCAUUCACAAGCAGGAGAAGAGGCUAUUUACAAACUUUCACAGGCAGCUGUUUUGUUGGCUGGACCGCUGGGUUGAUCUGUCCAUGGACGACAUUCGGAGAAUGGAAGAAGAGACACAGAGGGAGCUGGACAAGAUGCGUUAUGAGGGUUCAGUCAGAGGGAUGAAAGCAGGAGAAGACUAGACUGAGAUGGACAGUGGAACAAGAUGUUUGAUCAACAAUUAAUUUUACCUCCCACACGCACCCAUACCAUUUCAUUCUGCAUCCUAUCAGAAUGUUGGAACAACCAAACCCUUCCAAAGAGGAAGUUGUCAUUACCCAAGACCGUUACUAUCAGUGUACACAAGUGUCUAUUUGUAUGGAUGUACAUGCGUGUGAAUGCAUAUGUUGGUUUUUCAGUCCGCAUUUUUAACUAAUCAUUUUGCUGCCAAAUUAUUGGGAUUUUAAGCAUUGUCAUUUCAAUAGUUCUUUUUUUUAUAUAAUUAUUGCUAUUAAACUGUUUGGUCAUGUUGAAAUUAUUACUGUACUAUGAAGUGUCAGUGGUUCUCUCAACCAAACCCCUCAAUUGAAAAGCUUUAAUUUACCCAUCAUUUUAGUGCUCUUCAUUUUUGCAGAACACUGAAGGCAUCACUUACAAGUUUCAUUUUUAAAAGAAGUUAACAUACAGGCUAACCAUUAUUGGUCCUAUGAUCUAUAGAUACUGGUACACACGAUUGGUAAUUUGUUGAUAUUAUCCAAAUUCUGAUCUUUAUUAGUGUCCUUGAACAGGAAUUCAUCAUUUGAAAAUUUCUUUUUUUUCUUUUUUUUUUUUUUUAAGUGAAAAUUUUAAUCACUUGCUGAAAUAGGCUGUUAAUACCAGGGUCUACAAUGGAUGGGUUUGCCAUAGAGAAUUUUUCUGAGAAUGUUUGAUGGACAAUAAUAAACACCACAACUGUA